AUGAUUUUGUCAGUUUUAUUGUCAUCAAUUGCAAUACUUUUAAUUGUAAUCUAUUUCUACAUAAAAUGGAAAUAUUACACAGUACGUGGUACAGUUCCUGGUCUAGAACCAGAAUUUUUAUAUGGCAAUCUUCGUCAACUUGGCAUUCUUUCAUCAAAUAAAGAAUUAAUUGAUUCAUAUACUCAUGGUUGUGAGCGAAUGCAAAAGCUCUAUGGAGAUGUAUUUCAACUUUGGAUUGGUAUUAAUCAUUAUUAUGUAUUUUGUCAUCCUAAUCAUGCUCAAGAGAUUUAUACUAAUCGUAACAUAUUUGAUCGUGCUGAAGUUCGUACAAAAACAUUUGGUUUGCUAACUAAACAUGCACUAGUUACACUUAUUGGCCCAAAAUAUAAACGACAUGCAAAAGCAGUUUUACCAAUGUUAAAAAAACAUAAAUUUAUGUCACAACUUCCUAUUAUGAUCAAUUCUGUUGAUAAAUUAAUUGCAAUUUGGAAACAACGAUAUACAAAUAAAGAUAGUACAAUUUGUACAUGUUUAGUGACUGAUAAUCAACAAUUAAUGUUAGAUAUGUUUACAUUAAUUGCAUUUGAUUAUGAUUGUGGUAAUUUAAAUAAUUUAUUAAAAUCUGCUACAUUAUCCAAUAUUGAAGAUAAACCUGCACUAUCUGACUUGGGUAAUGCACUCACUAUUUGGUUAAAUGCA